GCUCUGCACAGUUUCAGAGCUGCAUUAUCACAGAUGUCCAGGUAAAGCUACACUCCCUCAUCGGGUAAUAAACAGCCAAAGGAACCGCGUCGGUUUAUCAGACAUAUGAUGCUUGGAUGGACUAUAGCUGACUCACGCUGCCAACAAAGUGAUGGUAUUUCACAGCCCAGUCGCAGCUUGGUUGAUGCCAUCUCAGUCCAGCACCAAGGAUAUUCACAGGAGGAAGCACACGAAGGCCUUCAGUGAGACACUGAGAGCUUUAAGAUGUCGACGGUGCUGUUUGCCUCUGUGGUUCGGGUCGGGGACGGCCUCCCUCUGUCUGCGUCCACCGACUACGAGCAGGACAAAGAGCUCCAGGAAACGAAGAGGCACCUCAAAGGUCUCUCCAAGAAGCUCGGCCAGUUCCCCGACCGUUGCACACUUAAGACUGGGCCGUACAACGUCAACUUCACGAGCUCACUGGGCGUCGGAUACCUGAUGAUAUGCACCUCAAACUAUCCCAACGUGCUGGCCUUCUGCUUCCUGGAUGAGCUGCAGAAGGAGUUCAUCGUCACCUACGACCCCAAACGAAUCAGCGGCGCCGUGCGGCCGUACUCCUUCAUUGAAUUCGACACCUUCAUCCAGAAGACCAAGCAGCGCUACAACAACCCUCGCUCCCUGUCCACCAGGCUCAACCUGGCUGACAUGCAGACGGAGAUCAAGCUGCGACCUCCCUACCAGCUCUCCCCCGAGGACCUGCAGGCCAUCAACGGAUUCUCUGUGCACACACCCUCAAAGUACAAGGGCAUAGCCCCCACGCAGAUGCUGGAGCCAGUGACACUCCCAGGCAUCGUAUCCUGUGUGCUCAGCGUCCUCUGUGGAGGGCUGAACCUGCUGCGAGGAGUUCACGCUAUAGAGAGCAUACUGCAGAACGAUGAUGAAGACUUUAAUUACGUGAUUGCCUUCUUCCUGGGCACAGCAGCCUGUCUGUAUCAGUGCUACCUGUUUGCCUACUUCUCUGUCUGGAGGAAUAGUAAGUCCUUCCUGGCAUUUGCACUCAUCUGUCUGUCCAACAUGUAUCUGUACGAACUGAGGAACAUGUGGCAAAUCCUGUUCCAUGUGGCGGUGGGGGCCUUCAUGACCCUGCAGAUCAAACUGAGACAACCGCUGGGGAAAGCGCCGGACUACAAUGUCUGACGAAGACCUUAAACAGGACAAACAACAAACUGACCUUUAGUCAGACGUCUCGCGUAUGUCCUGGAAAGCAUCGGAGGUGCAAAGUGGACACAGGAAAAACAAGCCUCCCAAGAUGGAGGAAAAAACUAUUUUGCAGCAUUUUGACGAGAUCCCAGCGUCGGCGGAUCGUUUAUGGGCGGAUUUACGAGACGCUCACUGAUCACCUGCUUUUACUUCUCUUCAGUCAGACUCCUGUGCGUCGGAUGUCUGGUUUCGCAAAUCCACACUCUUCCUGCACUCACGGAUUUAAGUAUUGGAGUAUUUCGUGUGACCCACAACACCAGUCACAGUCAGAUAGGUUCCACAGACUUCCUAGUUUUUACUGGGGGUGGACGGUGCACGAAAAUGCAAUGCACUACUAUGAGAACUGUCAAACUUUUUCCUCUAUUCUCUUGAGAAGUUAACCACAUCCGGCUGAGUCUUAACCGAGACAAAAACCAAACAGCCAAAUUAUCUUUUAAUUGAGCACGCAAGGCACUAGAGCAUGGGCUUACAUAGAAAACAGCGGAUCAAAAACUAUCGGCCAGUCUUGAUGAAAACAUUUCAUAUUUUAUUUUUAAUCUUCAGGACUGAACGUCGACUUCACCGACUGGACUUUUUUUUGCACCUGAGCUGUUGUCGGACUCUUUCAUUUGGUCUUGGUUUUAAAACUAUGCAAUGCUGCCUCGUGCUUUUCAUAUUCCGCGGUGUCCAGAGACGGUGGUCGUAUCUUCCUUUGCAAGUGUUGUAGAGUAAUUUUUUGCUAUUUAUUUACCAAGUGAUUGUUAACUCUGACACGCGGUCAGCAGAGAUUUAUACGGAUUUUUUAAACGAAUUUUUAUUUCUUCCACCUUUGCGCCGAUGUUUCUGCGCCUGCUUGUCACAAAGUAUGUCCAGCUCCAGUUGAUGCAAACGGCCCCGGUAGCAUUCACACCCACACAGCCUCAAGCAUCUAAGCGUCUAAGCGAUAAAUGCUUGUAAACCGGUCUGUGUUGGGAUGCGUGGCCGUGUGCUUGUCGAAGCCAGAGGCAACUUAGCAUCACCUGAUCAGCCUCUGGUCUACACGGCUACAUCUUUUGCUUGGGUUGUGCAUAUUAGCACAGUGUUUGCAUGUAAAAUAAUUACUAAAAUCAGGAGGUGGGGCUGAUAUUUACGCGUUACAGACAAUGGGACAUUUGUUCUAGGGCUUUGAGGCUGGAUUCAUGCGUCGUCCCAACAAGUAAUAGCAACCAAAUGUAGUAGAGGAUGAAGUCAUGCCCUUAUUGUUCAUCCUCCACGAGUGCAGCUCAGCAUCAGUGCCAAGAGCGUAACUGUCACGCUGCACUCCAUCUACAUCUGGCAUCUGCACUACGGAUCUGUCGGGGGACGGCUGUAAGAAAUGAUCCUCGUGUGAUUUCACCAUCUCAGAAAAGUUCCUCUCGUUCCAACAUCAGUGCCACACCUCUAUGACCUAAUAGCUCCCUUCACACUGUGGCACAGGCUUGAUUGAGGCUGUGUUGCGCUCCACUGACUCGGAUUGUUUUGCUGAAAUUCUCCCAUUUCCACCGCAGUAAAUUUGUUUUGAGUGGGUGUGUCUCGCACAAGGAAAAAAAAAAGAAUAAAAAUCCAAGGCUUUUUUUUUAAUUAUUUUUUUUUUAUUCUGGUUUAUCCAAGUAUGAAAAACGAAUGUGAUUAUUUAGAGGUUUUUAAGCCGUUGGAAUGAACUGCUGACACUUUAACAUUUUAAUUUGUUGUGUUUUACACUAGAUGCUCACAAGUUCCUCAAACGUGAUUAGAAUGCAAAAUGAUUCUGGAUGUGUAAGAAAAAAAAUGAUGUGAUUUGUCUAAAUUUGUCCGUACUCUGAUGCACAUGGAGACACGUGGACUCAUCCGGUCCUCUUCAGUCUACUUGAAAUCCAUCUACUCUUUGGCGGUAGGACGCAUUGUCUCCGAGCACAGUGUGGAACGCUGAACAUUAAAGAAACUGAAACAUCA